ACUAAGCAAUAUGGCGGGGAAUAUGGAACAGGAACUGUCAGAAGAAAUUCACCAAGAAUAUCAAGAUAUCUAUGCAUUAAACGAUCCAAAUAAUGACAUCAUCGGUGAGACUGGGAAUUUCGCACUUGACGUUCAACCGGUUCCUCACAGUCGUAAACAUUCUAAGGCGUGGAAGCUCAACUAUCUGGAAGCAGCCAUAUACCUCCAAGAAGGUGAGAACAAUGUUAAAUUCUACACCCACCCUAGAAGCCAUGAGGCUUUGCCUGCAUACCAGAUUGCUCACAAUAGAUGGUUCCAUGUUCUGGACCUUGGAGCAGCAGUGCUCGUACUUCUGCUGGCAGCGUGUGAGAGACCGGCUGUUGACUUUCUGAGACUACCAGUAGGGGUGCAUGGUUCCCUAGAGAUUUUGCUGUUACUGGUUCUCAGUCUAGAACUUGGUAUAAGGAUGAAAUGGUUGGGCUUGAAAGUGUAUUUCCACCAUCCUAGAACUGUUAUGAAGACAUGUAUGUUGUGUAUAAUGCUGAUAGAGGCAGUUGUCGUGUUGAUACGUCAGACCAACCAUUUCCGUGUCACUCGGGCAUUGAGGCCAAUAUUUCUGCUCAAUUCUCAUUAUUGUAGAGGAGUUAGACGAAUUGCACGUCAGACGCUGCAGUCGCUGCCUCCUAUAUUUGAUAUGUUAGUACUGUUGCUGUUUAUAAUGCUGAUAUUUUCUAUCUUAGGAUAUUAUCUAUUCUCCACUGUGCCAAAUAAUCCUUAUUUUGGAACAUUAAAGGACAGUUUUAUAAGUUUAUUUAUUCUUCUUACCACUGCAAAUUAUCCAGAUGUUAUGUUACCAGCCUACAAUGAUAGCAGGUUCUCAGCACUGUUCUUUAUAGUUUACCUCGCUAUAGAAUUAUACUUUAUAAUGAACUUGUUUCUGGCUGUGGUGUAUGACACUUUCUCAGGGUUUGAGAAGAAAAAACUACGUAAACUCUUCUUCCAUAAACGGGAAGGCUGUCGCCUUGCAUUUAAGCUUCUAGCCACUAGAAAGGAACAGAAGCUGAUCACCCUGAGAGCAUUUAUGGGCCUUCUGGAAUACUUCAGACCUAACCUUAGUAGAAAAGAUGGCUAUUUGAUGUUCAAGGCUUUAAAUACAAAGAAGAAUGGAAAACUAAGUUUAGAAGAAUUCUACGAAAUAUAUGACUUCUGUGAUCUAAAAUGGAAGUCAACCUCUGUGGAGGAGGAAUUAUGGUCUUCUAACUUCAGACAUCCAUGUAACAGGAUUUUUAAAGAUCUGCAUUGGUUUGCUACUUGGAAAUGGUUUGACAGAGUAAUAUAUUUGAUUAUAUCAGCCAACUUUAUAUCUAUACUGGUGGAGACGAUACAGUUCUCAAUGAAGGGGAUGUCAGUCAGCUCUCAUACAUAUAAUCUGUCUUAUACAUCUAUUGCCUUUGUUUGUGUAUAUUGUGUUGAAGCUAUGAUAAAGAUAUUAGGGAAAGGUCCUCUUGAAUAUUUUACAAAUGGUUGGGAUAUAUUUGAUUUCCUGGUGACAAUACUCAGUCUAGCCGGUAUUUUAGGAGAGGCCUACUAUGACAGUUUCUAUUAUGUUACGGUGCUUAGACCAUUUAGACUGUUGAGAUUAUUCAAGAUUAAAAAGAGGUAUAGAGAUGUAUUGGGAACUUUGUUUAUGCUGAUGAACAGAUUGUCAGGAUUGGUGAUAGUGAUUAUAUUGGUGUAUUAUUUCUUUGCCAUCAUUGCCAUGGAAGUUUAUCUGAAAACAGAUCUUACAAACUGCUGCAAGAACACAAGUGUAGAAUCCUACUAUGCAAGGACAAACACAUCUCAGGGUUACUAUUACCUCAACAACUUCGAAGACAUCUUCAUCUCGGGAGUGACAUUAUUUGAGUUGACUGUAGUGAACAACUGGUAUAUUAUAAUGGAAGGGUAUGCUCACCAUGUCAGUGAGUGGUCACGUGCCUACUUCAUGAGCUUUUAUAUCGUUAUGAUGGUUGUGAUGAACAUAGUGGUUGCAUUUGUCCUCGAGUUGUUUUUAUUCAGAAUUACGUACAGGAGAACAAUGAAUCUGGAAGAUAUUGAUGAUCACCUGAAGUUAACCAAGGAGAUAAGUCUGAGUGUGGAAGAGAAACAUAUGUGUGAUAAUCAAGACCUGAUUAUGACAGGCAAUUAUAUCAUCAGUCAGGCAAACUCUUCUGACAUUUCUACACCUCUGUUAUACAGAGGGGAGAGAACUCGAAGUAAAGAAGAUUUCAGUUUAAGAAUGUACCAGGAUGAAGUGAAGUCGUGGGUGGAGGAAGAAUCUGCCGAGAGAGAGGAAGUUAUUCAUGGACUUGAGGAAAUGAGACGAAGCCGUAGAUCUACGGCUAACUCACAUAAUGGAAUUAUGUAAUUGAAAGACACGAGCUUCAGGGUCCAGGGAGCUUGUAAGACAAAACCAAAGGUUUAUGGUUAAGACUUGAAAAAAAGAACUUGUAUAGAUAAGUGCUGUUGCAGGCUAGUUUCUGAAGAUAUUUCAGCUUCCUGAUUAACUGACACCACUUAAUUAUCAGAAAAUAGCACUUCAGAUGUUGCCUAACGACUUGUGUUCAUAUCUUGUAUACUCCGUGUGUAGGCCCGUAUUGUAUAUUUGUUUUAAAAUAUGCAUUAUUUUUUAAUUUAAGAUGAAAUAUCAUUGACUUUUAUUGGACUGUUUCAUUUUAAUUCUGCAACAGAAUUUCAAGCAAUAUUGUGAUACUAACAUGUGAUAAUUAUUUUUGUCAUUUUUGUUUUGUCAUAUUUUAUAUGAAAUGUUGUACAUUUGCUUUUUUCUUUUUAAAUUAUGUUAAAUGUAUAUAAUGUACAUAAAGUGCUUAACAUGUUGUGUUAAUUGAAGUAACAUGACAAUAUUACAUUGUGUGUAAUUUUUAAUAGAUUCUUUUAAAGCCAGGAAGCUAAAACUUUAUUUAAAUGUUGCAGCGUGUAAGGAACAAAUUUGAAAUUGUUUGGUGAAGCAUCUUUUUGUUCAGCAGUCUGUGUUUUAUUGGGAGGCAAUCAUGUACAGCUUUUCAGUAUACUAGUAUUACUGUAGUUUGAGUUUAGUACUUGUUAUAAUAACAUUCAAAAUGGUCACAUUUUAGUACUUGUUAUAAAAAAAUCAUAUUAUAUUGUCAUUUCAUGUGCUUUGUGUCCAAGACAUUUUUAUUUUAAAUGUGCUUAUAGGGAAGAGUGCUUUGCCAUAAAAGUUUGUUUAAUUUGUUAGCCACUAUGAAUUUGCAGUUAUUGGAUUUAAAUACAAAGUUUGUUGUUCCUCCAUGUUGAAAUAAGUUGGGUACAGAAAGGGAGAUAACUUGAAAAAAGUAGAGUCACAUUCAUGUGAACUGUCCAAUCUUUCAUUGAAACAGUGUCAGUAAAUUUUGGAGUUAUGUUGUGAACAAGGAAGGAUUAAAGUACAAAAGGGAGAUAAUUUGAAAACUUAAAUGGAGUUAUGGUUCUUGGGCACUGCACUUCCUCUUAGUGUCUGUUUAUAUUUUCCCCAGAAUGCAGUUUUCAAGGGCAAAUAACUCUCUUUUUUUUUUCAAUACCGGUGACCUAAUAAAUCUUUUUUCAAUACCAGUGACCUAUGAUUUUAUUGCAUAUUUUUGUUUCCUAGAUGAUUCUCUUUCAGUGUCCAAAGAUUUAAGAAACUCUAUUAUUGGGAAAAUUUCACCCAAAUUCUAGCAUGCACCUUUAAAUGUCUUCUGUAUUUCUGUAGUUAUACUCUGGACAGUCAAAGAAUACAAAGGACUUUAAGUAAAGGAUAUAAAACCACAGUUUAUGUAAUUUCCAUGUUGGUAUAAAAUACAUUGUUGUGUUAAAAGUAUGGGUUAUGGCCUUAAUAGACAUUCCACAAAAAGAAACAUACUUGACCAUGAUCUAUUUCUCGGACAAAAUUCGACACACAGGCCUGAUAAACAUAUUUUGAUAACAUCAUGUUAUGAUUAUAUUACUAUUUGUUUUGCCUUUUUGAAUGACUUCUAUAUGUGACUUGGUUAAUGUAAAUUUUAACAUUUUGCCCGCUGAAUUUCUAAAAUGGAAUGGUCCAUCUUUCAAUUUGGGCAAUACCAUUUAUUAUUCGAAGGGUUGUUCUGUGAAAAUUUACUGACUGAAUAGCUAACAGUGCAGACCAUGAUCAGCUUGAAUGGACAUGAAAAGGUUGAAUCGCUUUCCACCAGCAGGCUAAAGGUUAAACACCUGUUUUUGCCAAGUGUAGACUGUACACAUAUGAAUUACAUGUACUGGUCUUGAUAACCAUGUGGUUAUUGCUGCAAUAUGUGCAAUUCAUUGUUAAAUGUUGAGAGACAUUUUUCUCAUCUGUUCCCACUUUCUUUGCAUGUCUGUUUUGUAUGUACUCUAAUCUGUAGAUUGGAUAUUAUUAUAUUUUCAAUGAACAUUGGCCCCCGAUUUAAAAUCAAAUACAUGCAGAAAAAUAGUCUUACUUACAGUUUUCAUUCGUACUGAUGUUUGAUUUUUGAAGAUAGAAAUAUCAUGUCAAGAAAAAAAAGAAAGGUAUUAGUUCUCGCAAUACCACUACGAGUAACAUAUGGGAUAUUUCAGUAAUGACAGCAUAUUAUGGACUUGUCACAUAAUUAGCAUGUUUGUAUAAUUAUGCAAUGGCUGGAAUGAUUCGGCCUAUUUAAUAUAUUAAUUACAUACCAGUAACAGUACCAUAGUAACUAAAGGUUAUUAGCUUUGUAUCGGGAAAUAUGCAGAGUUCUUCAGCGGAAAUAUUGCGCGACUUUAGGAGCGCAAUAUUCUUCCACUGAAGAAUGAGUGCAUAUUUCCUGAUGCAAAGAUAAUAACCUUUUUAUUACAUACGCAUCUACAUGUAUAAAUAUUAUGUAAAAAUCAUGAAUAUGUUCAAUAGCCUAUGUAGGAUUGACAAUACUAACUAAAUAGAAAAAAAUAGUGCAACAACACACACUGAAUUACGUCAUGCACCCAUAAUGAAAUUCAGGCGUCGGUGUAUGGAAAAAUAUUGACGUUUUCGAUAGCAGUGGAACUUAAAGGGGAAUAGUAACGAGUAUGUAAUAUGGUUGUUUUUGCUCAUAAUACCUGCAAGUGUGACAAGGAAAUUGAAAGAGGCCUGUAUUGGUUCUUCCCAGGGAAGCUGGCUUCACGUGUAUCGGUGCUAUACACCGGGCACAUUAAAGAACCAGACUGUCUAUUCGCAAAGAGCUAGGCUAAGUUAGCCGGACCGGCCUGUAUCUAAAAAGGAUUUCUCUGUAUCUGUUCUGUGGGCAUUAUCUCACUCUGUCUCUCUGGUCAGAUCACUCUGUGUCUGUGCUAGUAGAGGAUAAUUUCGCACCCUGUGUGGCUGCAUUUGCUAUAUGUAAAGCGCCUUUGAAUGUGUUUAUCAUGAAAAGGUCGCUAUAUAAAUCUGGUAUAAUAAUAAUAAAUACAGGCAGGCGUAAAUAUUUAGGACAAGUUUGGAAACAUUUGUCGGAAGAUAAUAUGAAAAUACAGCUGUUGACAUAAGACUUUGAAAUUAAGGAACUAAAAUAUUACAGUAUACCAAUUACUUGAAGUAGUUUUGGUGAUGCAGAUUUACUGUAGAUUUGGUGAUUUUCACAAUGGUUUUUUUUUUCAGUACCAUUUAAAAUCAAUGCCGUAAAUUCAAAAAAUCCAAAAUAAAACGCCUUUUGUAAAUUGUUAACAUCGUGAACACAAGAUCACUAAAUAAAGCUUCCGCAAAUAUCACUUGGUCUACAGUAUCAGAAGUUGCUAUGAAUUUAUUGAUAUUUUGUUACAGAAGAAUGUCUAUCUGUAUUAAAUAGGCAUAACCCAUUGGUGCAAUAAUUCUGAAACUUGUUUAUUCUAUGCCUUCUAUUAUGAUGAUUUACCAGGGUUAUGUUAAUUAUUGUCUGAAGCUAUAUAUGUUAACAUUAUAAUACGAAGGAAAGAGAAUAGAAGUAUUAUAGGAGAGAAUAAAAAUAAAGAUUUUUA